GAUAUAUGCAAGACACGAAGUAUAUAUUUAGUUUGCCCGUUUCGUGCUUUGUUGAGACAGAUUACAGAAGAGUAUACUCACUAUUGAAAACAGGAAAAUAAUAUGGCGGAGAAAAAGGCAGGAUCUGAAAAAGAGAAGUUUAUCACAUCGGUUGAGAAAGAUGAGUGUGACUAUGGUGAUGUGGGCUGUGGCGUAGGAAUAUGUAAACCGGCUUGUUUACGCCCCUUGGCUACUCUACCUGUCUUUACCGGUGUUUUUUCAAUUUGUUCUCUUCUCACCUCAACUCUUAUAGUUUAUGUCAAUUCACAAGUUACUACACUUGAAAGACAAUUUGGUUUCAGCAGCUCGGAAACAGGUCUCAUCCUGGCGGCUAACGAUAUAGGUUUCCUGGUUAGUACUUUAUUUGUUGGUUACCUAGCACCCAAAGUGCACAUUCCAAGAUGGCUGUCGAUGGCUGUUAUAUUAUUCGGUAUUUCCGGUAUCACGUGUAGCAUACCUCACUUCCUAUUCGGUGUUGAUUCAAUCCUAACAAUCAGAAAUGACGACGUUACCUCUGUAAGAAGAAUGCCGACUGGUCAAAUGUGUACCACCAACAACCAAACAGAAUGUUCUGUUGAUAGUUCAGGCAUUGACGUCCCACCAAGUUUUGGAAUCAGUGGAACUAAGGCUAGAACAUCAUUGUGGAUAAUUGUAAUUGGAAUGAUACUACAAGGGUUCGCUAAGGGACCAAAACAUACCUUCAUCGUAUGCUACAUGGAUAAUAAUACCGAGAAAGCAAAGACGGGAUUUCUUUUAGGUAUCGUAAUAAGUCUAUCUAUAUUUGGACCGGCUGUGGCUUUCACACUUGGCGGAGUUUUUACUAAAAUAUAUGUUACCUUAGAUGAUGUAAAUAUCGGUCCCCGUCACCCAAGGUGGAUAGGAGCAUGGUGGUUAGGUUUCGUUGUGUUUGGUGUGGCAGCGAUAAUUCUGGCACUGCCUCUAUUUUUGUUUCCUAAAUAUCUGAAUGGUCGUAAACCCAGACCAGAGAACAAACCGGACGUUGGACCGGGGUUUAAGAACUGGGGUGAUUUUAAAGAAAAUGUCAAACGAUUUUGUCACUUACUGAUCAAGAUUAUGGCGAAUCCUAUAUUUGUGAUGUUACAGAUUACAUCCUGUCUACACAUGUUCGCUGUAGCGGGGUCCAGAUCGUUUUUACCUAAAUACGUAGAAAAUCAAUUUAGCUUAACAGCCUGGCAGACAAAUAUUACUAUUGCUAGUUUAAGUUUGACAACAGCUUCUAUAGGGACGUUUUUCGGAGGCUGGUUAACAAAAAGAUUUAAGUUUACACCAGUGGGAAAUUUGAAAUACGUCAUUAUAGUCAGUUUCAUCUUGUUGGGCUUAAAAUGCCUCGGAUUCGUGUUUGGUUGUGAUCAACCGGAAAUAGUCAACAUGCCCGGUUCACCAUUACAGAAUUCCAGCUGCUAUGACAACUGUCAAUGUAAAGAUGAAGAGUUCUUCCCCAUUUGUAGUGAUGAUCAGCAGAACUUUUACUCGCCAUGUCAUGCUGGAUGUCCUAGUAGUGAUGGAAAUACCUACAUGAAUUGUACAUGCAUUACGUCAGGCAGGGCUACAGCGGGGUUCUGUACUACAGACUGUCCUUAUUUAUAUCCUUAUGUGAUAUUAAGUGCCAUUGUUGCAUUAAUUGGAACGACUUGUAUUAUACCUAAGUAUAUCACAAUGAUCAGGUGUGUCACAGAAGAGCAGAAACCACUUGGCACAGCUCUCAUCAGUUUUUUCAGUUCGUUAUUUGGUUGGUUGCUAGGGCCGUUAGUCUAUGGUAAAAUUAUAGAUUCUAUAUGUCUCGUUUGGGAUUCACGGUGUGGUGAACGAGGGGCAUGCACAUUGUAUGAUAUCAAUAUGUUCCGGUAUAAAUUUCAUGGUUUUGUUAUUGGUGUUGAUCUGGUUUCUGUAAUUCUAAUGUGUAUAACGGUAUUUGUGUCUAGAAAUCACGAACACAUGAACACAAAACCAGAAGUAGAUAAACACAUGGAAGGUAAACAAAAUGGUGAAAAGGAGAUGAAAGAAAAUAAUCAAAAGGACAGAAAAGAAUAUGCAGAAAACAAUAAAAAUGGAGAACAUAUUAGCCGUGAAAAGUCAAAUCACGGAGUUAACGAUCCAGAAGGUAGAAUGCAUGAUCCAGAAAAUCAAAAUGGUAGGAUGUUUGAUUCAGAAAAUCAAAAUAAUGAUAAUAAAAAUGGAACCUUAAACGGUGCCGAAGAGGAAAAAGGUGACCAGUUAGCCCAAGAUAUACAGGGUGGCGGCAUGAUACUUUCAGAAGAUGCAUCUCGUCAACAGGUUGAUCAAGCACAAAAUUCCCAAAAUCAACUUGAAAAAUAAAAUGGCAAAAAAUUGUCAACAGCUAGAUUACGAUACUAAUUAAAUUUGAUAUUUUAAGAAACAUAUUGAUGUUUUUAGAUAAACUUGUUUGCUGUUAA